UCUCAGCAGCCUCAAACACAAACAAACCCCGUCCGACCAUGUCCGAGUCUGCAGCGUCGACCUUCACGCCGCGCCACGGGCCAGGCGUCGAUCUAGAGAAGCUUGUCUCCACCGAGAAGCACAAGGGCGGCGGCACGGAAUAUGUGAAGAGUAUUGUUUAUGGUGGUCUCGAUGGUGUCGUUUCCAUCCUCGUCUCGGUCGCUUCCGUUUAUGGCUCGCCGGUCGGCAUCAAGUUCAUCCUGGCUCUUGGAGCCGCAAAGCUCGCAGCGGGUGCAUUCUCGAUGGGCAUUGGCGAUUUUCUGUCCACCAAGGCGGAAGUCGACUUUAUUGUUCGCGAGCGACUUCGUGAAGAAUGGGAGGUUGACAAUUAUAUCGAAGGCGAGCGGGCCGAAAUGAUUGAGAUUUAUGUCAAUUACGGCCUCUCGAAACAAGCUGCGACAGAGGUGGUGGAGAUUAUUUCAAAGAACAAGCAAACAUUCGUCAAUACCAUGAUGGUCGAGGAGCUUGGCCUGAACCCCGAAGACAUUGAUCAAAGUCCUCUCAAGCACGGGUUGGUCAAUUUCGGAUCUUUUCUACUGUUCGGAAUCUUGCCGCUGCUAGUGUACAUUGCCUUCGCCAUUGACGGCAACGAAGACGACAAUCUUGCCUUUGCGAUCAGCGCUGGCAUGACUGGGUUUGGCCUCUUAAGUCUGGGUGUUGGCAAGGCAUUCUUUACUGGCACACCGUACAUUUCAUCGACACUAAUGACGCUAUUGUGCGGCUGCGCUUCUGGGGCUGUCGGGUUUGGGAUUGCAUAUGCCUUCCGUGGCGAGAGCGUUUAACGGCUCUUCGAGGCUGUUUUGUCUUUCACGAUUUGAGGUUUUCUUGUCAUUUAUCAUGAAGGUUGGCGGUAAAACUUGCUCGAACACUGUUGGGAACUCUCCAAUGUAUUUGUCAAACGAAGGCGGUUUGCAAAAGGUUGCCGCUGGCGCCCUGCCAACCUGUCAUGCGCUAUGGACCCCUCCAUCUCGCCAUAGCAUCAGAAACAUA